AUGAAAUUCCUUUCUUGCUUCAUUACAUUACUGUGUACAGCAGGAAUUGCAUUAUCUGCUGAGCCCGCAAUAGACAAGUUCCACAAGUUCCAAUCCCUAUCUCGCUACGCUCCCAUUGAUCUAGAUGACACCGUGUAUGACGAACUCACUUCGGCUCCGCGCGACUAUUAUGUUGCUAUUCUUCUCACAGCCUUAGAAGCUCGCUAUGGAUGCAUUCUUUGUCGUGAAUUUCAAUCAGAAUGGGAACUUAUCGCAAAGAGCUGGAACAAGGCCAAUCAACCUGAUGGGAUCAAACUCCUCUUUGGGACUUUGGACUUCAGCAAUGGUAGGAAUACAUUUCAAAAACUUAUGCUCCAAACUGCUCCAAUUGUCCUCUUAUUUCCGCCGACUGUAGGCCCCUCUGCGACCUUGGAUGGAGCACCAGUCAGAUUUGACUUCAGCGGGUAA